AUGAACAAUUUCGAAAAAGGAAAGAAACUAGAAGACAAAACUGCCGAUAGAUUGGAUGCUGGAAUCGAAAGCUCUUCGUUGCCACGUGUGCCUGGAGAUGGUGGGAUCGAUAUCUCUGGAGAGGCUACAAGUCACGAAUUUGCAAUCCAAUGCAAGAAUUGGGCCAAUAAAAUAGGUCGUAACGUCGUGGAAGAGCUUGCAGGGGUGCUCUCCCGACGCGAAAAACCAUGGAAAAAUCGGUAUCGUGGUGGCGCCCUCCGGAUAUUUUACCCGGAGCAAAGAAAGCCGGACGGGUGCAUGGGAUUAUAUUGA